AUGAGUGUGCCUAAUUUGAGUGUCGAUCAGAGAACAGAAAUCGAGGCUGCAGAGGCAUGCACUUGGCUACGAGCUGCUGGCUUCCCUCAAUAUGCCCAAAUGUACGAAGAUCUACAAUUUCCUAUCGACGUGUCAGGAGUUCAGAACGACCAUCCAUUCUUGGAUGCAGACUCGCUCCAAUCAUUGUUCAGACGACUCACAGCCCUCAACAGAUGCGCCACCAUGAAGCUAGAGCAUCAUCAUCAUCAGAAGAGAUCGAACGACUCUGACGAUGAACAAUGCGCGUUAAGCGAUAAAUGGCAAUACGAGAGAAAAUCUCGAAGAUGGUCCAGGGUCGUGGAAAUUACGCCGCAAGCACAAAGGAGAUUACAGGUGAUAGCAGCUAGAGCGCUAGCAGAACGUGAGGCAAGAGAGGCGAGAGGUGAAGUAGAAGAUGAUGAGGAUGAAACUCUUCCAACCAUCAGGGUCGGUCUGGUUGACGCAGAUGGACAUUACACAGACGUAGAACCAGAUCUUCUGACAGUACCGGGACAUAAUAUGCAGUUACCAAGUGAUAAAGAAGAUGAGGAAGAUACUGGGACAAGAUUCAGGCGAACUGGUUCAGAAAGAUUACGGGACGGAGCGAAGGCAUUAUUAAGGAGGGUAGAAUCGCUGAAAACGAGACGAAGGAAACGGCAGAACAGAACAGAAGUUAUUGUUUCAUCACCACACUUCCUUGACGUCAAUCAGGAUAAAUAUGCUGACCUGAAUUACAUAGAUAUGACGCCGACUACUCCAACAGCAUUUCCAUUCCCAGAUUUCCAUAGUUCCCCUGUCCAUGCACCAGCUAUCAGAACACAACCACCUUCUCCCAUGACCAUAAUGCCACCAUCUCCAAUCGCUCCUCUUGAACAAUCCUUUGUAUUACACGCUCCUUUUGGUGAUGACAGUUCCAGUUAUGCUUCCGAUAACAGUAUGGGAUCUAGCAAUAAAAGUUCAAAGUCAAAACUGGGAAGGGCCAAACGCAUCUUUCAUAGAGGACUUAAAAGUGAUGAUUCAAGUGCUUUGAGCGAUUCUGAAUGCCAGCCGGCUAGUUGGAGGCAUAAUUACUAUAAAGAGCAUAAUACUCAUCAAAAUACUGAGGUUUACGUUGAACCUCCAUCACCAGUUGAACUGAAGCCAGAUCCAGAAGUACUUCGAGAGGUCCAAAAAUCACCGGCACAUACAGCACACAGACGCCAGGCGAUAAGGACGAGUUCAUUGAACUUGGGAAAGGACACACCAAAAUUUCGUGAUAGAAGUCUCAAAAGGGAAAAAUCAGCUUCAAGAAGCUCUGAAUUGGACAGUAGUCCAAAUUCAGCAGGGUCAAGGUCACAUGAUGGUGACCACGAUGAUGACGAAGACAGCUUGGAUAUAAAGACAAAGAAAAACAAUAUACAAAGAUGGUACUCAUUUAGGACGAAUGUACUCAACGGUGGCCCAAAAGCAAAUAAUACGCUGCAGCCUGCUCCUAACCAAAAGAAUCCUGAAACUUACUUGUCGCGUCCGAUGUCUUCAUUAUCAUGUGGUCAGCUCCAUAUAUUGAGGAAACUAGCGCUACUGAGGCUCACCGCUUGUAUGGAAAGAUAUUGUCCAUCACAUAAAUCCGGUUGGAAUUGGGAGUUACCUAAGCUUAUAAGAAAGAUCAAGACGCCAGAUUACAAAGAUAAGACAGUUUUCGGUGUACCUCUAACAGUCUCUCUACAGAGGACGGGUCACUCUUUGCCAAAACCGAUUCAAUGCGCUCUUAAUUGGCUGAAGAACAAUGCGUUAGAACAGAUGGGUAUAUUCAGAAAGGCUGGAGUUAAAUCUCGAAUAGCCAAACUCAGAGCUAUGGUCGAAUCAGCGGGAGCGACUACAGCAACAUUCGCCAUCGAGAACAUGAACACCAUAGACCCAAACCAGUCUAGUCUGAACUUCGAUGGUGCCCAGGCUCAUGAUGUAGCGGAUAUGGUGAAGCAAUACUUCAGAGAGCUCCCUGAUGCUUUGCUGACUAAUAAACUGAGUGAAACCUUCAUUGCUAUAUUUCAACAUGUUCCGGAACCAUUAAGGCCAGAUGCUGUUCAAUGUGCAUUACUGCUUCUUCCCGAGGAACAUCUAGAGGCUUUACAAUCUCUACUCAUUUUCUUAGCGGAGGUCGCAGAACACUCAACCACAAAUCAGAUGACUGCAUCAAAUUUGGCUGUUUGUUUUGCGCCAACAUUAUUAAGACUACACCACGCGCCGCCACAGACUGGUAGUACCAAAGAAGGAAAUUCUAAUAGAACUCUGAUAGAGAGCGCGCUAGACCAGCGUCAGAUCAGCGAGUCUCGAGCAGCACACGCGUGUUUACUGCUGCUGGUGACGCAGCACAAACAGCUGUUCCUCGCACCAGCUGACAUGCUGGCGAGGUGCAAGUUCAAUUACUUCGAGGAGAGCGUACCGGUGUCACUUGAAGAGUUGGGAGCGGAUUUCAAUCAAGACUGGAAAGGUUUUCAACAAGCCUGCAUCAAAGCAUUACUCAAAGAAGCCAAAGAGAAAGUCUGUGGCCGGUCGGGAAAGAGAACGCGCGGUUGGAUGUCAGUUUCGGGAGCAGCGCCUCACGUUGAGUUAUGCUGCAAGAAAGUCGGCGAUGGACAUCCAUUGAGGCUGUGGAGGGCCACUACUGACGUGGAGGCACCGCCGCAGGAGGUUAUGCAAAGGAUACUCCGCGAGAGGCAUAUUUGGGAUGAUUCCCUUGUGAAGUGGCGCGUGGCUGAAAAGUUGGGACCUAACGCAGAAGUGUUUCAAUACAUCACGGCAUCUAGCUUCAACUUACCGCAUAGGGACUAUUGUGUGCUACGAUCUUGGCAGCAGGGCGGCAGCGGUGGCGGCGGCUGGUGUGCGGUGGCUGAGACAUCAGUAGCUCAUGGAGCGGCGUCAGACGGAGCCAGGGGAGUUGUACUAGCUUCGAGAUACCUCGCACAACCAGCGGGUAAAGGACGAAGCAGACUUGUACAUCUCGCAAGAGUUGAUACAAUGGGACGUACUCCAGAAUGGUACAACAAAUGCUAUGGGCAUAUCUGCGCAUUGUAUCUGGCUAGGAUUCGAGCCUCCUUCAAGCAUAAUACAGAAGGACCUGAAUCGAAUCUUCCAUAA